AUGGAAGGGGGUAUUUGGGUGGUUGUCCUGGUUUUUCUUUCUCAUGUGGCUUCAUCUCAAUCUUCACAUUCUUCUAAUGCCAAGCUGCUUAUGUCCCUCAAAUCUGCCAUUGUUGAUCCAGCUGGGUUUCUGGAUGGUUGGAGAGAGGCUAAUUCUAGCCACUAUUGUUUCUGGGCUGGAGUUCAAUGUGAUGCUUUUGAUCGUAUCAUAAGCCUGGAUAUCUCAAACAUGAAUCUUUCUGGCCAAAUUACGCCCCAAUUAGGUCACUUUCAUAGUCUCGUCAAUUUCACCGUUGCAGCCAAUAAAUUCACAGGCUCAUUUCCUUCAAACAUCACCAAUGCCGUAGGUCUAAAAUCCUUCAACAUCUCCCAUAAUAUGUUUGUUGGGAAAUUUCCCUCCAAUUUCUCAACAUUGAAAGCGUUGGAGAUUUUGGACGCUAACGACAAUAACUUAACAGGGCCAUUGCCUUUGGAGGUAUAUCACAUUCCUAAUCUCAGAUAUUUCCACCUGGGAGGAAACUAUUUCUCUGGAAGUAUUCCUCCAGAGUAUGGUAAGUGGGAGCACCUAGAGUACCUUGCAGUCGGUACAAAUGAUCUCGACGGUAAAAUACCUGCAGAUCUUGGAAAUCUCAGUAGGCUUCGUGAGCUGUAUGUAGGACAUUACAAUGAUUUUGAUGGUGGAAUCCCUGCCGAGAUAGGGAGGUUGUGCAACCUUGUUAUUCUGGAUAUGGCAGAUAGUGGGUUGUCUGGUCCCAUUCCCCCCGAGCUUGGGAAUCUAAAGCGUCUCGAUACAUUGUUCCUGUUUAAAAACAAGUUAUCUGGACCUAUUCCUCCCGAGUUGGGGAGCGUCCUGAGCUUGAAAUACAUGGAUCUUUCAAAGAACGAGCUGAGUGGAGAAAUACCAGAAGAGUUCUCAAAACUCAAGGAGUUGACCCUGCUGCAACUGUUCGUCAACACGCUUCAUGGUAGCAUUCCUUCCUUUAUAGGGGAUUUGCCCAAACUCGAAGUUUGCUGCCUGUAUAACAAUAAUUUCACUGGUUGGAUUCCGCCGCAGCUUGGACGGAAUGGUAAAUUGGAGAUCGUGGAUCUUUCCUUUAACGAGCUUACUGGUAUAAUUUCACUGGAUGUAUGCGUUGGUGGGAGGUUGGAAAUAUUGAGACUUGAGUACAACUUCUUAUUUGGCCCCAUCCCUGGAGCACUGGGCAGUUGUAUGUCUCUUAUUACAGUAAUCACGCGUGAGAAUUACCUGAAGGGGUCCAUUCCUAAAGGCUUACUAAACCUUCCCAAAUUGAAGAAGAUUGAUCUUCGGGCUAACCAUCUGAGUGGCAGGAUAAUAAUCUGA